AUGUCUGCUGUAACUGCUCACUCUGUCACCCCUUAUCUCGAUCAAAAGCCUGGUACCUCAGGCUUGAGAAAGAAGGUCACUGUCUUCCAACAGGAAAACUACACCGAAACCUUCAUCCAAGCUAUUUUAUCCUCAAUUCCUGAAGGUGCCAAAGAUGCUGUCCUAGUCGUUGGUGGCGAUGGUCGUUACUAUAAUGACCACGUCAUGCAACUCAUUGCCAACAUUGCUGCUGGUAAUGGUGUCAAAAAAUUGAUUUUUGGUCUUGACGGAAUCUUAUCAACUCCUGCCACCUCAAAUAUAAUCAGAACUUUUAAAAAGGAAAAGGUCACUGGUGGUAUUAUUCUAACUGCCUCCCACAACCCAGGUGGCCCCAAGAACGAUUUGGGUAUCAAGUACAACUUGGCUAAUGGUGGUCCAGCUCCAGAAUCUGUUACAAACAAAAUGUUUGAAUUCUCCAAAAGUGCUCAUCAAUAUUUCACAGCCGAAGUACCAGAAAUAGACUUGUCUAAAAUUGGUGUUCAAAAAUAUGACAAUAUAGAGGUUGAAAUAGUCGACUCCACAAAGGACUAUGUUGAAAUGCUCAAAUCAAUCUUUGACUUUGACUUAAUCAAAUCAUUCAUCCAAAAGAGAUCUCCACAAGGCUUUAAACUUCUUUUUGACGCUUUAAACGGUGUUACUGGUCCUUACGGUAAAGCUAUUUUCAUUGAUGAAUUGGGCUUGCCAUUAUCCUCAAUUCAAAACUGUACUCCUCUACCUGACUUUGGUGGUUUACACCCAGAUCCAAAUUUAACUUAUGCCAAAACUUUAGUUGACAGAGUCGACGCUGAAAACAUCGCUUUUGGUGCUGCUUCUGAUGGUGAUGGUGAUAGAAAUAUGAUCUAUGGUGCUAACACUUUUGUUUCUCCUGGUGACUCUGUAGCUAUCAUUGCAGAAUACGCUGAUUCUAUUCCCUACUUUAAAAAAUCUGGCGUCUAUGGUUUAGCAAGAUCAAUGCCAACUUCCGGUGCUUUGGAUCUUGUUGCAAAAGCUAAAGGUCUUGAAUGCUACGAGGUUCCAACUGGUUGGAAAUUCUUUUGUGCAUUAUUUGAUGCUAAAAAAUUAUCAAUUUGUGGUGAAGAAUCCUUUGGAACUGGCUCUGACCAUAUUAGAGAAAAGGAUGGCCUUUGGGCAAUUGUAGCCUGGUUAAACGUUUUGGCUGCUUAUGAUGCUCAACAUCCAGAAUUAGAAUCUGCUGCUACCAUUAAAAUUGUUCAAGAUGAUUUCUGGAACAAAUAUGGUCGUACUUUCUUCACUCGUUUUGACUACGAAAAUUAUGAUUCCGCACUUGCUAACAAAUUGGUUGAUAAACUAAACAAAGACAUCGAUGAUCCCUCAUUUAUUGGCUCAACCAUCUUCAACUCUGCCGAUAAAUUUAAUUCGACCACUGUUGUCGAUGCUGGUGACUUCAGUUAUACUGAUUUAGAUGGCUCAGUAUCAGACCAUCAAGGUUUAUAUGUUAAAUUAUCAAAUGGUUCAAGAUUUAUUGUCAGAUUAUCUGGUACUGGCUCCUCUGGUGCAACCAUUAGAUUAUAUAUCGAACGUCACAGUGAUGACCCAGAAACUUAUAAAUUGUCUGCAACAACUUAUUUGAAAGAUGAUAUCAACUCAAUCACCGGUUAUUUAGGUUUCAAGGAAAUCUUAGGAACUGAUAAGCCACAUGUUAUUACUUGA